AGUACUCAGUAUGAUGAUUUAUCUUCAAAAGUAAUACCUUUCUUAGAUGCAACAACCGAGGAUCCCUUUACUCUAGAGACUUUUGAAACGCUUAUACACCAACAUUAUGAAAAAGACAAAGACUUCAUUUUGGCUAGAGUAACCACUGCUGAUCCAUCGGAUGAUUCAAAGACAUAUAAUUCUUAUUAUUCGGCUCAUCAAAUUAAUAAAGUAUUGUUUAGAACACAACCUGACCAAGGGUUAUUACAUAGAAUGAAGGCGAAAAAUGUUGUUGAAUCUGUUAAACCAAUUCAAUCUUCAACCAUUCCUUUCGGUGUUCAAAACAAAACUUCUCUCCUCGAAAAUGGUGUUUUCAUGUCAGAAAUACAUGCUACUUCUGCUCUUGAUACGAAUGAAGGCGAUUAUUUAAUUAAUCUUGAUCCCGAUAAAAUAAUAAACAGAGAGGGUGGUUUACAUUCUUCUCCUCCUUCAAUAUGGCAAGGUGAUCGUGACGUUAAUAAUGAUUCAAAAGAUUCUGUUAUCAUUAAAACUGAAGAACGUCGACGGUCUGCAAAUGAUUUGGUCCAACCUCCUCCAAAAGUUUUUCAUCCUGACAAUUUUCAAUUCAAAAAACAUUCUUUUGAUAAUAAUUUAUCAUCUGGUCAAAAUACUACUCCAAUUAUGCAACCUCAACUUCCUAUUACUACUAGUGAUAAUAUUCAAUUACAUGAGAUUAACACUACUUCUUCGGUAUCAACUCAUCUCAAUGAUGUGAUACCGAUUUCAUGUUAUAAAUUUGAACACACAAAAUAUAAUGUACCAUAUAAUUUUUACAAUCAAAAUCUUGAUUCAAUAACUCCUUUAACAAAAAAUCCUUCUUCUAAUUCAAUUAAUCUCAAUGAGAAAGGAAAUCUUAAUCAAGUCUAUUAUUAUCAAGCUAUUUUUUAUGCAACCGAUGAUGAUUUCUUGAUGAAAUCUUCGGUUCGACAAUAUUUCAAAUCUAAUGCUUUAGAUCCAUCUGAUACUCAAUUAUUUAUUAUCAAUACAUCUCAAAGUGCUCAUGCAACAGGAACUCUAAAUACUCCUCCUAGUACGCAUUUAGAACGUAUAAUUGCAAAUAAUGGAACAUUUAUUGAUGAUAGUACUACAAAUAGUAGAAAUGGUUCACAUGCUGGAGGGUCGAGAUGGGCAAGGCAAUUACGGAGUAUUCGUUCAAAUAAGGGUCUAAAGUGGUUGGUGUUAAUGUAUAUGGUAUUUGUGGGAUUGGAAUCUGGGGAAGAUAAAAUUUUGGUAAAUUCUACCGAUGAACUUUUUCCUGCACAA